AUGUCAAUGUCCCAGCGGAAGCACAAUCGGCAUUCAAACUUUUCUCCUUCCGAGAUAAGUUUGCUAGCUGAAGAGGUGAAGGCGCGACAGAGUGUUUUGUUCGGCCCGUUUUCAUCAACAGUAACCAACACGGCCAAAAUACGGGAAUGGGAUGAAAUCGCAACCAAACUAAACGCCUGUUCGUCCGUCCAGAGAUCUGGAGCCCAGAUACGGAAGAAAUGGAACGAUUACAAAUCCCAGGUGAAGAAGAAAGCCAUUGAUGUGCGGCGUGAGUGCUGCAAGACAGGCGGGUGUCCAGCACCAGUUGGUCUGUCUGACCUGGAGCACAAGGUUGUGUCAAUGAUUCCUCAGUGCCAGAUUGAAGGAAUAACUGGUGGAUUAGAGAGUGAAGUGGAGGAAAUUUGCGUCACCUUGGAAACCAAAGAUGCACCAGUAUGCACGGUUGUGGAAAUAGAUGAAGCAUUUGAAUCAGGACUGACAUUGACCAGCCUCCCUGUGGUAUCAAGUGCGUUUGUACCAUCAACAUCAGUACAGCAGCCAUUAAUUGCUACAUCAGAGCUUGACUUAGUACCCUCCACAUCACAGCCAUCAACAGAGCAGGCAGCCGAACAACCUGAUAGUGAAAGGCCCCAAACAACUGUAAAUGGCAAAAUAAGAUAA